CGCAAGCAACCCAGAGCGCCUCAUAGGGGGCUGCAUAUCGCUGCUGUAUCCUCUGCUUGGCGCUCUCUAGCUCCUCGCCACCCAUCUCCAGCACAUCACCUAUAGCCCAUGCUCGGGCUCCCCCCCUCCCCACCGGAUCCGUACCCUUCAACAUGGAUGUCCCGCCGUCCCUCGACCCAGUGGAUUGUUGUUUCUUGGCGCAGUGAAGGUGGAGAAGGAGACGGGAAAGGAAUCAUGCCGGGACUGCUAAUGGAUAUUGGGAAAGCGCAAGUGACCAUGCCGUGAUCUUGCGCAUCCAGGGCCGCCGUCACCCUGCCUUGCCCAGCGACCGUUGAAAGAAUUACGUGGGAAUCGAACCCGCGCACCGGGGGGGAUUAACCCGCUGUGUAUUUUUUAAAAACAACAUGAAGAUUACCUCCCAUCAUCUGAUGAUAACCAGUCUCGUUUUCAGAUCCAACCUCAGGCUGAUCCCGCUUCUGCUGCUGUUUCUUGGUUACACUCGCGGGAUGCAACACGUUUUGAGAUUCGGAGGAAUAUUUGAAUCCAUCGAGAGCGGCCCUUCCGGAGCGGAGGAACUCGCCUUUAAAUUUGCCUUGAACACAAUCAACAGGAACCGCACCUUGCUCCCCAACACGACGCUGACCUAUGACAUUCAGAGAAUAAACAUCUUUGACAGCUUUGAGGCGUCCAGGAAAGCAUGUGAUCAGCUUUCCCUCGGAGUGGCGGCCAUCUUUGGCCCCUCGCACAGCUCGUCGGCGAAUGCGGUCCAGUCCAUCUGCAACGCUCUGGGAGUCCCCCACAUCCAGACCAAGUGGAAACACCAAGUGUCGGACAACAGGGACUCGUACUAUGUCAGCCUGUACCCCGACUUCUCCUCCCUCAGUAGAGCCAUCCUGGACCUGGUGCACUUCUUCAAGUGGAGGACGGUCACUGUCGUUUACGACGACAGCACAGGUACAGGUCUCAUUCGACUGCAGGAGCUGAUCAAGGCGCCGUCGCGAUACAACAUUCGUUUGAAGAUCCGACAGCUGUCCACGGAGACCAAGGACGCCAAGCCCCUUCUGAAGGAGAUGAAGAAGGCAAAGGAGUUCCAUAUCAUCUUUGACUGUGGACACGAGAUGGCCGCCUGGAUCCUAAAGCAGGCGCUCGCCAUGGGUAUGAUGACGGAGUACUACCAUUACAUUUUUACUACCCUGGAUCUUUUUGCCGUGGACGUGGAGCCAUAUCGUUUCAGUGGAGUCAACAUGACCGGUUUCCGCAUCCUCAACACGGAAAACUCUCAGGUGACGUCAAUCAUCGAGAAGUGGUCGAUGGAGCGGCUACAAGCUCCGCCUAAACCGGACUCGGGCCUGCUGGAUGGUUUCAUGACGACGGACGCGGCGCUGAUGUACGACGCCGUGCACGUGGUGGCGGUGGCCGUGCAGCAAUCGCAGCAGAUCACCGUCAGCUCGCUGCAGUGCAAUCGCCACAAGCCGUGGCGCUUCGGGGGCCGCUUCAUCGGCCUCAUCAAAGAGGCUCACUGGGACGGCCUGACUGGACGCGUUCUAUUCAACAAGACCAACGGACUGAGAACAGAUUUCGACCUGGAUGUGAUCAGUCUGAAGGAGGAGGGGCUGGAAAAGAUUGGAACAUGGGAUCCUAACAGCGGCCUGAAUAUGACAGAAAGUCACAAGAGCAAGGCGUCCAACGUCACCGAUUCUCUGGCUAACAAAUCCCUGCGUGUGUCCACCAUACUGGAGGAGCCAUAUGUGAUGUUCAAGAAGUCCGACAAGCCUCUGUACGGGAAUGACCGCUUUGAGGGUUACUGUAUCGACCUGCUGAGGGAGCUCUCUGCCAUCCUGGGUUUCCGCUACGAGGUGCGAUUAGUGGAAGACGGGAAAUACGGCAUGCUGGACGAGAGCACGGGCCAGUGGAACGGCAUGGUGCGAGAGCUGAUGGACCAUAAAGCAGACCUGGCAGUGGCUCCUCUGACCAUCACCUAUGCAAGAGAGAAGGUCAUCGACUUUUCCAAGCCCUUCAUGACGUUGGGGAUCAGUAUCCUGUACCGCAAGCCCAACGGCACCAACCCCGGAGUGUUUUCCUUUCUCAACCCCCUCUCGCCUGAUAUCUGGAUGUAUAUUCUGCUGGCUUGCUUGGGUGUCAGUUGUGUGCUGUUUGUCAUAGCCAGGUUUAGCCCGUACGAGUGGUACAACCCGCAUCCGUGCAACCCCGACUCAGACGUAGUGGAAAACAAUUUUACUCUGCUCAAUAGUUUCUGGUUUGGAGUUGGGGCUCUCAUGCAGCAAGGUAGUUGCCUCAGCCUGUGGAUGCUGGUGCUCUGUGGAGCUCAAGCUCUCUGUAUCCCACUGUCUCUGAGGGGUUGGGGGUUGUUGUUUUUUUUUUACACCAGCGGCAAGAGAGAGGCCUCUGGGCGUCUGCACAGAAUUUAGAGUAAUUGUGCAUAUAAUAUCUUUUUAAUUAGAUCAACUUAGCUCAUAUAGGAAUGUGGGUACAGUACAUGUGGAUAUGAGGGAUUUACAUAUUCAGUAAAAUCAAAUUCCCUGAAUUUAAAACUGUGGUGUGUACCUUUUAUAAAUAUAAUUACAUUUCCCUUAUCAGCCUAUCGGCUCCACACAACUCUCUUUGUCUUUCUCGGUAUGGCGAUGUUUAGAUCUUGUGUUGCUUAGCAACAUCCCCGCGCUGUUGUUUUAUGUCAAGACAGACAGCGGCAACGGCACCAUUGCGUAAAUGUUUGCCGUGUGACUGAAAACACACACACAAAAAAAAGUGUCAGCU